GCCGGCGAUAGCGGUUCUGCCGCCGCGCGCACUACGUCAUCGGAGUUUGCAGAAAGGUCGCCAGUGGCUCUGCCGUGGAAGUCGGGGUGAGCGCCGCGGUAAUAUUGUCGCCACCGUGCCCUGUCACACUGUGACGGAUGAGGACCGCUGCGCAGCUGGCCUGUGUCGUGCUCACCGCAGCCCUCGGGCGGCACCUGUGCGAACAAGCAGCCCCGUCGGGCUGCCCUCAUCUCGACGGCUGCGCCUGUAUGAAGGUGCGCCGCGGUCUCCGGGUCCUGUGCAAUGCCACCGUGGACGGCGACACUUUGAGCGCGGAUAUCUCCAAGCUUAAAGGCUUCUCGUUGGACUCGCUCAUCUUAAACGGCGUGAACCUCACAGUUCUUCCUUCGCAGUACUUUGAGAAUCUCACAGUCACGUCUCUGUCCCUGAAGAACAGUCCCCUGCAGUUCACAACGAACGACAGCUUCCGUGGAGCGAAGAUUCUCACGACGCUGUACAUGGGACGCAACAGGCUGCGCUCGAUUCCGCGAGGUCUGCAGGCGCUGCCGGGUCUAAAAAUUCUGCGGCUGCCAGACAACUACAUAACCAGCACUGAAAAUAUCCCGCCACUCGAGAAACUGACGGAGUUGGACCUAUCGGGUAAUCUCAUCGCGAGACUCGACAGUGCUGACCUGAGAGGGCUUGGCGGCCUGAAAAAAGUGCGGCUGGCAAACAACCUCAUAUAUUUUAUGUCAUUUUCCAUCUUUAAAAGUGCGAAGCGUGUAAUGUUUAUUGACUUGCACAACAAUUUUCUCACAAACAUCUACAACGCCUUUCAAGGUCUUGAUGAGCUCAUGGAGAUUGACUUGUCUAACAACAGAAUAAUUGGCAUCGACAGGUUAUCCACGGGAUCUGCGCCCAAGCUCAAAAUACUCCGUGCUAGCAAUAACAAUAUCUUAUGGCUCUCUAAGUUUGGUCCUCACAACAUCGUAAUCGAAACAAUGGAACUCACGAACUGCAAAAUAAGCGAAUUGCGCAAUGAAACGUUUAGCCAACUGUCUGAGCUGAAGAUGCUUGAUCUCUCUUACAACGCCAUCGAAUAUAUUCCCGGCAACUAUUUUCACAAGGAGUCGAAGCUCAAGUACUUCUACAUUGCCGCAAAUAAGCUCCGCAGCAUAAACGGCACCUUCAAAUCAACAAGGCGCAUGGAAAAGCUAAACUUAUCCAUGAACUCCAUUGAAGACAUUGGGGAAGCGUUUGUCAGCAUGCCAGCAUUGAAAAUAUUGACACUAAGGAACAACCGUAUCCAGUUCAUUCAGGAUGACACGUUCAAAUUUAACUCCAACAUCGAACACCUGGAUCUGAGCGGCAACAAGCUUGAGUGGCUCGGCAAAGACUGCUUUCUUCGUUUGUUUCGCCUCAGAGUGCUUCUCAUGACCGGAACUUCACUCGCGUUGCUCAAUGGUUCGCUGCAUGGCCUGCCCUACUUGAAGUACCUCUUCAUUCACGACAACCGCCUGCAAAAGCUUACCGCUGCGGAUUUUGAAGGCAGCCGGCAGCUUUCGUUCAUCUAUGCGAGCCGGAACAAUAUCACCAGCGUCCGAGGAGCGUUCACAGGUCUCCACGACUUGCAGACGCUCAGCCUAGACGGAAAUCGACUCAGGUCCGUGCACAGAGCAAGCUUCCCGGAUAAGCUCGACAAACUGAAGCGGCUCGAGUUAUACGGAAAUCCACUUCUCUGUGACUGUCAGCUUACGUGGCUCGUGAAAAACGCCGCUUCUUUAGCUGCAAAAGGUGUCCCAGUUUGCCAAGGGCCUUACUGGAACCGAGGGGAGCAACUGUUCAACUUAUCAGUAGAGAACCUCACUGCGUGGUUCACCAACUGCAGCCGGGGCUGCGACUGUGCCUGCCUCCAGGAUACUCCGUUUUCUGCAGCCAUACUCGUCAACUGUUCUCGCAAAGGACUGAAGGAGCUUCCGGAAGAGUUCCCGUCGAAAACACGGGUUCUUGAUCUAAGCUGGAACCGCCUCAGUCAACUGAAAAACGGAUCAAUGUUUAAAACUCCAUUCCUCGUUUCACUGAACUUAGCCAAUAACCUGCUUUCAGACAUCGGAACCGGAGUCAUUCCGCAUUCAACGGAACGGAUAGACCUGAGCAAGAACUCUUUACGUACCUUUCCUCUUGGGAUGGUCUCCGAAAGGACAGUAGUGGCCAUCUGGCUCUCAGGUAAUCCUUGGGAGUGCAGCUGUCGGGACUACUCCUUUAGGCAGUGGGCCGAAGCACAUAGCUAUGCAAUUCAGGAUUACAACGAAACUGUCUGCGCUCAAGGACAAAGUCAAUAUACAUCCGGAAAGAAGUUCAUGGAGCUCGGAGAAAAGGACUUGUGCCCUUCACUGAAAGUCUUCAUAGUGCUGGCGUAUGGAAUUCCUUUCCUGGCAUUGUUGGUUACUGCCAUGGCGUCCGUGACAGUCUACCUGAAGUACAAGCAGGAGAUAAGGGUGUGGCUGUACGCGCGCGGAAUCUGCCACACACUCCAGUGCAUCAAGGAGGAUGACGUGGACGAGGACAAGGACUUCGACGUGUUCCUGUCGUUCAGCAGCAAAGAUCGGGAGUGGGCGUACGCCGAGCUUCUUCCGAAGAUCGAGGCGCACGGCUUCUCGGUCUGUACCUACGACCGAAACUUCAAGGGUGGCUUUCUGAUUCAGGACAUCGUACAGGAGGCCGUCUCGUGCUCAAGGCGCACGCUCCUGGUUCUGACACAGCACUACGUGGAGAGCGAAUGGUGCCGCUGGGAAUUUCGCGUGGCGCAGCAUCGUGCCCUGCAGGACAACAUCAACCGCCUGAUCAUCGUGGCCGUUGGCGAAGUCUGUCCCGAAGGCAUCGACGAGGAACUGCAGCGGUACAUGCAGGAAACCAACUAUCUGCGUUGGGGCGAGCCACAUUUCUGGGACAAGUUGCUCUACUCGCUGCCUAAGAAGGACGCCCGCACCAGGGUCAUCGCAAACGCGUACCCUAUGUCUCCUGUCGCUUCGGCGAUGCACUGACGUCGUGAGUUCCGCCGCGGUCGCAUUGCUGCAGCUUAAGAACGUUGUGUGUGUGCGCGUGCGUGGAAUUCGAAGCUUUGAGCAUGUGACUGUGGGCGUACUCGCCAUUCUUGUCGAUUGUGUGACCUGUGCGUCUUGAGUCGAGUUGCAUAGGGUUCUUCUUAGGUGCCUGUCGACUCAUUCCUCACUCCGCGCGCAGUUAUGCCGUUUUCAACUGCGUGGCACUGCUAAGGAAACUGGACGUAUUUCACUACUCAACUUUUCAUUUAACUAUUUAUUGCGCAUUCAUUUCACAUAUGCAUGUGUGUAUUAAAAGCUUCGUGUCCUUGUGUGUAUAUGUGUACAUACCAAAUAAUAAUAAUGUGUAUCAUUAAUAUUAAAUGGACCGGCAUGCUGUUUGCUAGAGCUGUGUACACGUCGUUAUAUGUUUGAUGUGAUCUGAAGGACAUUGUUUCGAGCUCUCAUGCACGUUGAUCCCUUGUUGCCCAGAUAAAUUCAUAGCGCCAGAGGAAUUAUAAGAGCAGGUCCUUGCUUGCUUGUCGAAGUGACCGAACGAAAUGCCAGCAACCGCGCCACGUAGUCUUCCGUAUCAAUUAGUGCGGUGACUCAUUCGCCUGUGCGUUAUAUAUAUAUAUAUAUA